AUGGUAGACGGUUUACUCUACAUCCCUUCUGGUUGUGAUUUUCCUCCAGGUUCUUGUGAUGGGUACACUAAUUUAACAGACUCUUGGCGGAACCGAGGCUUUACGUCUACUUCUUUCCCUGGCUUCCCCAAAGAUGAUGCCCAUCUUAUUAACCAAUGGUGGCGCUUCACAGGAAUUGGUGGAGACAUGAUUAUCACAGGCUGUAGUCAUACUUACAACAUUGGAGGCACCUCUUACGGCAUUUAUUUAUCAUUUUCGUAUCCAAUUGUUGAGUCUCCGACAGCAUCAAGAGGGACUGCAUAUGUAUAUAAUUCAGGGUGCAGUACUUACGGUAUUUCAAUCGAUGUGGUCCUCUGUCCUGGAGGAUUCUAUGUGUACCAACCGUUAAAUCACCCAAUCAGCAGUAUGGGUUAUGUGAUCUAUCAUACCGUGUGUGAACCAGACUCAUGCGGACCGCUUGCUAAGUGUGACGGCAAUGGAGCCUGUGUUUGUGUCUCUGGGUAUGAAAUACCCUCAACACACAUACCCACACCAGAAUCAUAUGGCUGCACUGAUAUAAAUGAGUGUGAGCAGACUGCAGAUAUCUGUGGUUCUCACUCUUCUUGCACCAACACAAUUGGAGCAUACAACUGCUCCUGUGUGGAGGGAUUCAUAGCAACAGACCCAGCAUCACCACCUGGAGGGUCCAACCCAUGCACAGAUAUUGAUGAGUGUCUCGACAACAUCUGUGGUGAUGAUGGGUCGUGUGCGAACAACCCGGGAAGUUUCGCCUGCACAUGCAAUCAAGGCUACCACCUUGAUCCAGAUGCAUCUCCUCUUUGCCAGGAUAUCGACGAGUGUUUCAACUCCACCGUCUGUGGUCCUGAGUCUGUGUGCACCAAUGAACCUGGAACUCAUAGCUGUGCAUGUCAAGACGGGUACAAACCAACUGCACCAGACACAGAACCCAGUGAGGACAACGUCUGCCAAGAUAUUGAUGAGUGUGUUGAAGAUGUUACCAUCUGCGGUCCUGAUGCCAACUGUACCAAUGCAAUUGGGGCUCACAUCUGUACCUGUAAUGCUGGCUACCGACUGAACAACCCAGAUGUAAUAGCCAGCUACAAAAACCCAUGCAAAGAUAUAGAUGAGUGCAGUGAGACACCAGGUCUGUGUGGUCGAAAAACAGUGUGUACGAAUGCACCAGGGACUUUCCACUGUUCCUGUCCCGAUAGCUUCUUCCCCUCAACUGGAAUCUUGUGGGAGAUAGGGGUUUCAUAUUGCAAAAGUCUUCAGGACAUUUUAGAUGAGAUAAAACCUCCAGAGGGCCAGACAAAAGAGAGAGCGUUCCUUGGCAAUAUGGACCAGCAACUGAAAGACAAUGCAGGAAUCAUCUUACCAGAAGCGACAGUGGCAAACAGCUUCGCAGCAUCUAUGGAAGUGUCAGGUGCUGGACCGCAGGCCAGGUCAGCCAAGGUGGUGAGUAGUGAAGGAGAUGGGGAGACUGGCACUAUAAUCCUGGAUAUCUCAGAGCGUCUGAUUUCUGCCCUGGUAGAGCCAACACAGAAUCAGACCAACAAAACCAUUCAGACUGCAACUGUCGAUUUGAGUAUACAAGCUAUUGGUCCAGGGAGCAACAAUGGGAAGAACCCUCCCCUUUCAGCCAAAGGAAACACCAUGGAAAUCAACCUGCAAGCUCUGGCCAUGAACAACAAUGGUUCUGCAGCGGCUGCCUUCAUGACACUUAAUGGGAUGGAGAAUCUUCUUAGUCAUCGGUACUUUCAAACAAAGAACAGGACAGAGAUGUACUCUGAUGUGAUCACUGCCACCUUGCCUGCAACAAACCAUACCAACCUCUCUGAGCCUGUCAACUUCACCAUCCAACACAAGAAGAGAGUAACUGAAUCAGGCUUCAUGACGUGUGUGUACUGGGACGACAAAGGAGAGAAGACAGAAAUGGAACCAGGGGAUGAAAGAAAGGAGAAAGAGGAAGAGACCAGGCGCUGGUCAGUAGAGGGCUGUUGGGUUGCAUACUCAGAUGAAAAUUACACAGUAUGCAGCUGCUCUCACCUUUCCACCUUUGCUGUCAUCAUGCAGAUUGGCGAGCCACCACCGGAGGAUCCUUUCUUAGAAUGGCUCAACAGAGUGUGUGUAAUUGUUGGGCUAUUCUUCUUUGCCUUGGCCAUCCUCACCUUCCUCCUGUGUAGCUGGAACCCCAAGAUCAACAACACAGCCCGUCUUCAUCUUUGUAUCAGCCUCGCCCUAUCCCAUCUUCUGCUGCUGUGGAAUGACAAAUAUGUUCAAUAUGAGCUGGCCUGCACUGUGAUGGCUGGGCUUCUUCACUUCCUGAUUGUGGCCAGUUUUGUAUGGAUGUUGCUUGAGGCUCUACAGCUCCAUCUGCUGGUGCGGAGGCUCUCCAAGGUGCAGGUCAUCCAGAGGGAUGGCCUCCCCAAGCCAUUUCUCUACCUGACUGGCUAUGGUGUUCCGUUUGUGAUUGUGGGUGUUUCUGCUCUAGUGUAUUCUGAUGGUUAUGGUGCCACUGAGUCAGAGGUAUGCUGGCUGUCACAAGAUCGCAACUUCAAAUGGGCUUUAACAGGGCCAGUGAUUGCUAUCCUUGCACUUAACUGGAUCUUGUUCUGUGCUACUUUAUGGAGUCUGAAGCCUACCCUGGCGAAUAUGAAGAGUGAUGUUUCUCAGUCCAAAGACACCAGACUGAUUGUAUUCAAGAUCCUGGCCCAAUUUGUGAUACUGGGGUGUACCUGGAUCCUAGGCCUGUACCAGACGAACCUCUUCUUUCAGUUCCUCUUUAUCAUUCUCAAUUCACAACAGGGGACCUUCCUCUUCAUCGUCCACUGUGUGUUCAACAAGGAGGUGCGAGAGGAAUACGUCAAAUGGCUGACAUGCUCUUUCAGAAAACGCAGCUCUCAAGGAUCUGUGAGAGAUGUGCCAUCAGUUUCUGAGGACUUGGACAAGACUGAAGAACAAACAGGUGGGGGUAGUAAGGAAGAUGGCUAA